AAAAAAAAGAAAAAAAAAAAAAAACUAGUGCAGCCAGUCCCCAGAAGGAAGGUUGUAAGCGCCCGAACAUUGGCUCCAUUUGGCGAACAGUAAAAAGAAUCCCCCGACAUGCCGAUUACAUAUAAAUAGAUACAUAUCUGAUCAUCGCAGAUUGGUUGACUGGCGCUGCCCCUGUAACCAACUUAACACCUUUACGAAGCCCAGUUUAAAUACCAACAAUAUCUCGCGACUGCAUGUGGAAAUGUUGAACUCAGCAGCCUGUAUUGUUCUUGCCAUCACAGCGGUCUUGGGCCGUAUGAUCUACACCCACUUCUAUUCAAACACCUGUGCUGCGAUGAAACGGGCUCUAGCGCACAUUCCAGAGCUCCAUUUUGAAGAGGAUGACACGCCUGAGCGAUACAGGACAGAGACUCGCUCCCUCGUGAGAAAAGGGUACGAAAGAUACCUCCAGUAUGGCAUCCCAUUCCAGAUGCGUAAUCCGGUGUCCGAGCUAGGCAAUCAGGUUGUGCUUCCUGUGAAAUACCUCGAGGAAGUCAAGCGCGCUCCCAGGUCGCUGUACAGUUUCGAGGCCUUCUCUGAGAAAGUGUUUCUGCUGAAAUACAUUGACGCGCCUCGCCAGACGGAUGCUCUCCUCUACGCGGUUAAACUGGAUAUCAAUAAGAACAUGGAUCAUAUAUUAAACGGGCUCUGGGAUGAGACCCAGGUGCUUCUAAAGGAGACGGUUCCCGUUACCGGCCAGAUCACAAUUCCCGGCGGCGAACUUGCCUGCAACAUCAUCGCGCGCACCAUGUCCUAUGUCCUCGUGGGGCCCUCGCUCUGCCGGAACCCCGAGUGGACCAAGAUCGCGAUAGAAGCGACGUUUGCCCUGGUCGCAGGCACUCAGGGCCUCCGCGACAGAUAUUCGCCCGGAUGGAGAUGGCUGGCCCGGUUUCAACGCUCGUCAGAAAAGCUGGGAGAGGUGCGGGAAAAGGCCAUGGAGCUGAUCAAGCCGUUGCACGAAGAAAGAAUGAAGGCUCUCAAAGAUGACAGUGGCCAAUUCCGAAACUUUUACGAUACUAUCUUCUGGACGAUGAACAAGAGAAAGGUAGAUAGAUCGCUCAGGGCAAUUGUCGACCAGCAGCUGUUCUUAACCCUGGCAUCCAUCCACACCACCGCCGGAACCCUGCAGUCCAUACUGUGUGACUGGCUCGCCCAUCCCGAGUACCAUGACGAGAUCCUGGCCGAGAUCAACAAGAGGCUAGCUGCGUUCAAGGGUGCCGGAGGCAAAUGGACUCAGCAGGAAGUUAACGAGAUGAAAAAGUUGGAUAGUUUCAUGAAGGAAAGCACGCGGGUAAACCCGGUCGGUUGCAUGACAGUCCAGCGCUACGCCCAAAGGACUCAUACUUUUAGCGACGGGUUCGUCCUGCCGGCGGGGACCAUCUUCCAAUUUCCCUCGGAUGCCGUCCAUCAUGAUCCGAAGCUCUUUCCCGACCCCGAAAAGUUCGACGGGCAUCGAUUCCUCCGCCUUCGCGAAAAAGACGCAAAUGCAUAUCACUACGGCUACGUCUCGGACACGACUCUGAACUGGGGCGCUGGUACGCACGCCUGCCCGGGACGCUUUCUCGCCACUUAUGUCCUCAAGUUUGCGUUCAUCGCAUUGAUCACGCAGUACGACCUAUCAUUCCCGGAGGGCACGGGGAAACCGGGAUAUUUUUAUUUUGACAAUUCGGUGAGGAUUGACCCGACGGCGAAGCUGGAUAUAAAGAAGAGCUCUUAGUUGCAGAAAUUCUCAAAUGUCCUCGGCAAACAGGAAACAUGAAUUGAGGCCUAGAACUGUUGCCUAGUGUAAGUUUCCUAGUUGCCUAAGGGCGUGAUCUUCUGACUUGAUCGAGUUUUCAGCAAUUAGGCGGUACUUUAACCUGGUAGGAAAAAAAAGGGGGGGAGUGGCUUGGAAGUAGAUUUUUCUUUUUCGACCGGGCUACCCGGGAUGACCAGGGGCUAUGGGUUGUGGCCGCAAAAAAGCCUCUUUUCACAUACCCCUCGGUCAUCAUCGUUUCACGUAGUGAUCAACUCUAGUUUAACGACUCUUAUUGUUUGGCGAUAGCUUCAAAGAUCUAUAUCAGCCGUUCUUCACAAUGUUAAGUCCCUGUACCAGCGCUCAUCUAUCUUGGUAUCGAGUACGCCCAGCAGGAAUAAACGCGCGCUAUAGCCG